AUGGCGAAGGGCCGCCCGGCGGUCGGCCUCGCAGGCCCGGGCCCGCGGUUUCGAGCGAGGAGAACUCCUUCUGCUGCGCCAGAGCUUCCAGAGGCGCCUGCGCCUGCAGCACUCGUGGCCGCAGCGCGCAACUGGCCUAGGCCUAGGCAAAGACUUUGCCUCACUGCGCCGGCAUCUCUGAUAGUUGCCGCGCCGCUCUCAUGCAACGCAGAAGAUGCGACGAGCGCACUCAUGCCACCACUUCUGGUCUUGGCUGCGAUAUUAUGGCUUACCAUGCUGAGCAGCAUAGGGCUGCAGCUGGGCGGUGCUGAGCCUGGCGUUGAAUCGACGUAUUGGUGGAUGGGGGCAGCAGAGGACGGCAACAGCCGCGGCAAGGGCUCGAAGAGCUCAAAAAGGAAGCAGAAGCCAACAGCGACCCCCGUCAUCCUUAAGCACGAGGUUGACGCACGGCCUGUGGACUGA